AUGACGAGUCCACGAUCACCACAUAUCUCUGCCGCUGAGCUGGAAAAAAGAAGACUAGCGACGACCACGAGGAUAUCACUACCAUUUCGGCUGGUCGGAGCCCAGAUAAGGUCUAGCCUCGAGUACUGCUUACACGUUUGGAGUGCUGCCACCCCGACUACAUUAUUUAUGGUCGAUGCUGUCCGAAGGAGGGCUUUCUCUUCCAUGAUGCCGCCGCGCGAUGUGCCUGCCAGAACUGUCCCGACGGAAGCUUCUCCCAGUUCUACUAACCUUAAGCAGCUUCUGCAGGUAGUUCUUCUCGGCGAUUUCAAUGCCCGUGAUGAGCUCUGGUCAGGCUCAAACAAGACCGAUGCAGCAGGUCGUGCUGACGAAGCGUUCGCUAUUACACAAGGACUGACCCAGCUGAUAUCCGUCGUAAUUGACGGGUUCUCCUCUUCAUCCCUCAACGUCAACGCGGAUUGGUGCAGACAACGGUCAUUCUGGGAUCAGGAAUGGAACAGUAUUGUCUUUAGUGACGAGUUUCGAUUUUGUUUAGGCAUGCACGAUGGUCGUGCCAGGGUUAGAAGGCGACGUGGUGAAAGGAGGAAUCCACAGUUUUUUGUUGAAAGACAUGGUGCUAUAGCUUAUGGUUCCAGAUCACCUUUAAUCUUCAUCAGAGUUCUAGAACCCCAUCUUUUACCCUAUCUUGACACCCUGGCAGAUCCAACUUUCCAACAAGAUAAUGCCCGACCACAUGUUGCAAGACACGUGUGGGAUAUGAUAGGUAGGAGAUUGCUCAAUUUGCAACGUCCUCCUCAGACUCUAGAAGCACUUCGAGAGGAGUUGGUGGUUGCCUGGAAUGAGAUACCACAGGAGGACAUUGACCACCUGAUCAGAAGCAUGCCUAGGCGCGUUGGAGAAUGCGUAGCACAUCAGGAUGCAUCCACACAUCAUUAA